CUCCACAUUCUCAUUCCUACAAGCCAAAAGACUCUCUCCUCGCUAUCUCCACCCCAGCAAUGAGCAGCCGUAGUUUUGUGUUUUCAGGGGGCUCCAUGAGUGGACGAUCCCUACGGGGAUCCUCUCUAGGAAGCAGUUUAAUGAGUGGUGGUGGUGGCAGCGUGUAUGGGGGUGCAGGGGGGUCUGGGGUCCGUAUCUCAACUGUAUCACGUUCCUUUGCAGCCGGUGGUGGUGGCGGUGGUGGAGCAGGCUAUGCUUUUGGUGGAGGCUUUGGUGGGGGCCAUGGUGGAGGCUUUGGUGGGGGCCUUGGUGGAGGCUUUGGAGGAGGUGAUAUGGACCACAAUGUGGCAGUCAAUGAGAAAGCAACUAUGCAGAACCUGAAUGACCGUCUGGCAUCAUACCUGGAGAAGGUGCAUUCUCUGGAGAAGGCCAACGCAGACCUUGAGCUGAAGAUCAGACAGUUUCUAGAGAACAAAACUUCGCCUGCAGCAAGAGAUUACUCUGCUUUCCAGGCCACAAUCAGUGACCUGCAAGAUAAGAUACAAAAUGCCACCUGUGUGAAUGGAGGAAUCUAUCUGGGCAUUGACAAUGCAAAAUUGGCAGCUGAUGACUUCAAAACCAAGUAUGAGAACGAGUUGACCAUGCGUCAGUCUGUUGAAGCAGAUAUUGCUGGACUGAAGAGACUCCUAGAUGAGCUGACAUUGGCAAGAUCAGACCUGGAGAUGCAGAUAGAGGGCUUAAAAGAGGAACUCAUCUUCCUCAAGAAGAACCAUGAGGAGGAUUUGGCAGCCAUGCGCAGUCAGAUGACUGGUUCAGUGAACGUGGAGGUGGACGCAGCUCCUCAGGUGGAUCUGAACCAUGUAAUGGCUGAGAUUCGCGAGCAGUAUGAGUCUGUUGCCGCCAAAAACCAACGUGACCUAGAGGCCUGGUUCCAAACCAAGACAGAGACGCUGAAUAAGGAGGUAGCAGCCAGUACAGAGAAUCUACAGGUGUCCAAGUCAGAAAUCAAUGAGCUUAGACGCACUCUUCAGGGCCUGGAGAUUGAGUUGCAGUCUGCACUCAGUACAAAAGCGUCUCUAGAGGGAACUAUUGCAGACACAGAAGCUCGAUAUUCCAUGCAGCUGGCUAGACUGCAGGCUCAAGUAACCAGUCUGGAGGAGCAGAUUGUUAAACUCAGAGCUGACACAGACAGACAGUCUCAGGAGUACAAAAUGCUGCUGGACAUCAAGACCCGAUUGGAGAUGGAGAUUGCAGAGUACAGGAGACUGCUUGAUGGAGGAGCAAGCAGUAUCCCCAGCACCGGUGGUGGCUCUACCAGUGCCGUCGGGGUGAAGACCAUUGUGGAAGACAUUGUUGAUGGCGAAGUGGUUUCAUCUACUACAAAAUAAAUGCCAGUCUCCAUCAAAUACUGCUCGUCCACACGUCAUACCAGCACUGUGAUGUGCUUUUAUUAAAAAUAAAAUUGAUGAUGGCACAGAAA